UACUUGGUAUUCUCAAAAAAUAAAAAACAAAAUCUGUCUUUUCAGGGGAAGAAAAGUAGGAAAGCUUUAUCUCAUUUUCCUAGUGGCUUCAUAAUGCAGGGACCUGCCCCCAGGGAACAGGGUAUAGUAGAGGAAACACACAGCGGUGUUUAGAGUUUGGGGGAAGGCAGGUGAGCUCUGGGCACCGACCCGUCACCAGCUAUUUUUCAAGGAGUCUGAGUGGUGUUAACCUGCAGUCUACCCCGUGAGAUUGCUCAGAGUGUAGGAGGAUAUGGUUUACUGGCUCCAGAAAGCAGCUAUUAUAACUGAGGAGGAAAUGAAGCUUGACUGGCUAGAACAGAAGCAACAAUGGAGGCCCAUGGAGGGAUUUUCCAGGCCCCUAUUCCUGAUCCCUAAGGUGGCGCUGCUUCCCUUAUUCUGCAGUCUUGCUUUGAGACCAGACAAUUCUGUACUCUGUCUGUGCCUCCUUCCUUCUCAGCAGCUCUGCCUCUGCCACCUGCCCCAGAAGGGCUCUGGGUCCUCUCAUCUCAGGACAGACAAAGGUUUUUGUAAUUAUCUUCUUGGGUAACCUCCCUGUAAGGAAUAGGAGAGGUUAUCUGGUCCUGGUCUUUUGGGAGAGCAUUGAGAGGAAAAAGUUAAACCAGUGGGCAGCCCAGGCUGCAUACAUCCUGGGAAUAUUGCGAUUAUUCUCUCCAGUAAUCUAGGGAAAUCCACUGGUUGUUCUGCAGAAAAAGAAUUAAGAGAGAACAGGAGACCUGUUGUCUAAGCCUAAGGCAGGGUGAGGUUUACCUAGUAACUGAUGAUGCUAGGCCGAGGCACUCAGCGAUUUGUCUCUACAUCUGUCCCCGCCUACCUAGCCAAUCUGUCCCUGUUUGGGACACUGGACUCCCGUGAGCUGGAAGGAACAGGUUUAAUAUCUAGGGGCUGGGUAUCCCCAAAUCACUCAUUUGGGGGGAUCAAGGGACCCGGGCAAUAUAGUAUUCUGCUCAGUGUCUAGAGAUCAUCUACCCAGGCUGGGGCUUCUGGGACAGGUGAGGACCCACGGACCCUGGAAGAGCUGGUCCAGGGGAUUGAACUCCCGCCAUCUCUACAGAGCAGAGCAUGAUCAUAUUCCUGCCGCUGCUGCUGGGGUUCAGCCUGGGCUGCACAAGAGCAGGUGGCUUCGUGGCCCAUGUGGAAAGCACCUGUCUACUGGAUGAUGAUGGGACUGCAAAGGAUUUCACAUACUGUAUCUCCUUCAACAAGGAUCUGCUGACCUGCUGGGAUCCAGAGGAGAACAAGAUGGUCCCUUGCGAAUUUGGGGUGCUGAAUCGCUUGGCCAAUGGCAUCUCAGAUUACCUCAACCAACAGGACACCUUGAUGCAGCGCUUGCGCAAUGGGCUUCAGAAUUGUGCCACACAUACCCAGCCCUUCUGGGGAUCACUGACCCACAGGACACGGCCACCAUCUGUGCAAGUAGCCCAAACCACUCCUUUUAACACGAGGGAGCCUGUGAUGCUGGCCUGCUAUGUGUGGGGCUUCUAUCCAGCAGAUGUGACCAUCACGUGGAUGAAGAACGGGAAUCUUGUCAUCCCUCACGGCAGUGGCCAGAAGACUGCCCAGCCCAAUGGAGACUGGACAUACCAGACCCUCUCCUUUUUAGCCCUAACCCCCUCUUACGGGGACACCUACACCUGUGUGGUGGAGCACAUUGGGGCUCCUGAGCCCAUCCUUCGGGACUGGACACCUGGGCUGUCCCCCAUGCAGACCCUGAAGGUUUCUGUGUCUGCAGUGACUCUGGGCCUGGGCCUCAUCAUCUUCUCUCUUGGUUUGAUCAGCUGGCGGAGAGCUGGCUCCUCUAGUUACACUCCUCUUCCUGGGUCCAAUUAUCCAGAAGGACGGCACAUUUCCUAGAGGCAGAAUCCUACAACUUCCACUCCAAGUGAGAAGGAGAUUCAGACUCAGUGAUGCUACCAUGCCUCUCCAACAUCUUCAACACCCUGACAUUAUCUUGGAUCCUAUGGUUUCUCCAUCCAAUUAUUUGAAUUUCCCAGUCUCCCCCUAUGUAAAACUUAGCAACUUGGGGGACCUCAUUCCUGGGACUAUGCUAUAACCAAAUUAUCAUCCAAGGUUAUAUUUCUGGGAUGGAUAUAAUCUGAGGAAGGGAGUUAAAGACCCUCCUCGGGCCCUCAGUGUGCCAUAGAGGACAGCAAGUCACCGGUGAUUGUUUCGGAGAAAUAAACUUUAGUGGAAAUAA